GUCCUCAGCCUUCAGUGGUGCACAGACGCGUUGUGAGCGGCGCACGCUGGAGUUUUCUCCGAUCAGAUAAACUUCUUUAACUUUUGUACAAGAUCCCUUUUGAAAGAAUACUCACUGGACGCUAUUGGAUUUCCCUCCUUGGUGUUUAUUUAAUGAAGCUGUUUGUUUCUCAGAGCGCAGGUACAAUGAGCGUAUUCUGCGCCAGAUCGGCAGAUUAGAGGGUGGAAAUCUUCUCACUGUGGUUGUUUUUUGCACUGAGACCUUAACGUUUCACCACAGACAAUAAAAACAAGAUACAAAUGCCAUGGAUUUGGGUAAUGAUGUAGAUCUGUCCAACAACAACAUCACACCUUUGUGGAAGCGGUGCACAGACAACAGUAAAGGUUCCCGGGAUUUGAACAAGCCCAAUCCACGACCCCUGAGCUACCACGUAAACAGGGUCACGACUGCAGAGUUCCCUGUGGGAGAUGACAAAUGUUCCUUCACUUUGAGCCAACCAGCUGAGAGAGUGCUAGUCACACCCCAGGCUUUAAAUGAAAACACUAUGGUGUUUAGACAUGCUUUACACAAACCCUCAAAGAAAAACCGGGUUGUUCGGAGCAUUAGCAUUGGGCGUCUCUACAAUGGACGCUUCUCCUUGUCCAAGUUUAAGUCUGAGGAUAACAGAUCUUCACUGGAUAACAGAGUGCAUAAUGGAGAUAGCAACAGAAGGAAAACCAGGAAUGGACAAACUGUAUCCUCUGAAAAUCCUCACCAGGACAUGCAGAGAACCACCCCUAGUCUUCUUGAUCUGGACUUGGAGAAAGACCAGAUCACUUCUGGGACAAAUACACCCUCACCUGAAACUCCUACCCACAACUGUUCCUUACAUCUUAAUUCUCCAAACACACCUAAUAACAACCACUAUAAACUGUCUUCACAAUCAUCCACAUCCAGCUCCUCAUCUUCAUUGCAGGGUACCCUCACCCCCUCUCACAGCUCCACUUCAAGCAUCCCCUCACUAUCGUCAUUAAGCUCCUCAGACCCUCCCACCCCUCGUUCCCCAUCACCAGCUGACAAAGGGAAUUCAUUGCCCAGACAGCCUCAGACAACCUCCUCUCCAUCCCCACAAGACACCAGUAUUGCAUCUCCCUCUUCCUCCAUCUGCUCCACCUCACCAUUGCUUUCCCCAACUGCUUCUCCCUCCAUCGUCCUUAGUACCAACAGUCCCGCUGCCCUGAAAAUGGGCACACAUCAGCUCAUUCCCAAAGGAUUGGUAUCCGAUACCCGGCAAACCAAGGCGCCACCUACGGGGACACAACGGCUGGCAUUGGAUCAUCCCAAACGAGCUUUGAAAGUCCUUAGCAUGGUGGAAGCAGGAGAUUACUUUUCAACUGGAGUGGGGCACACUGAAGAAGCAGAGAGAGAGAAAGAAAGCCUAGGGACAUUACGGAGAGGUUUGAGGAGUACGUCUUACAGGAGGGCACUUAUUCCAGAUAGGAGGAAAUUGAUAUCUCAGCGGACCUUUGACAGUGAAGAAGAGGAGCUUUACCAGAACUACCAGGAGAAGGCCCUUCAUAAUGAUUCUGAUGAGGAUGCGGAUUCAAGGGGACCUAAGCCCGAUAAGAGCAUCGUCGUCCAGUACAAACCAAUACGUACCUCCUGGAGCCAACUCAGCGUGGUAAAGAAAAGUGGCCUGUCUGAACAGCUGAGUCAGGAGGAACGCAAAAGACAAGAGGCCAUCUUUGAAGUGAUCUCAUCGGAGCACUCCUACCUCCACAGUUUGGAGAUUCUUAUCCGUAUGUUCAAGAACUCAACAGAGCUCAGUGAGGCGAUGACCAAAACUGAACACCACCACCUCUUCUCCAACAUCUCGGAUGUCUGUGAGGCUAGCAAAAAGUUCUUUAAGGAGCUGGAGGAAAGACACAACCAGAGCCUUGUCAUCGAUGACAUCAGCGACAUUGUUUGCAGUCAUGCUGAGGCUAACUUCGACCCUUAUAUCACGUACUGCUCCAACGAGGUCUACCAGCAAAGGACACUGCAGAGACUGAUUGGUUCCAAGAAUUCAGCUUUUAAGGAGGUGCUGACCAGGAUAGAGGGCCACCCAGACUGCAGAAACCUCCCUAUGAUCUCCUUCCUCAUCCUGCCCAUGCAGAGGAUCACUCGUCUGCCUCUCCUUAUGGACACCAUCUGUCAGAAGACUUUAAAGGACUCGGAACACUAUGAAACAUGCAAGAAAGCCCUGCAGGCCGUGAGCAAGGUGGUACGAAAGUGCAACGAAGGAGCUCGCACAAUGGAGAGAACAGAAAUGAUGUACACCAUCAAUUCUCAGCUGGAUUUCAAGUUUAAGCCUUUCCCACUGGUUUCAUCUUCUAGAUGGAUGGUAAAAAGGGGUGAGCUGACUGCAUUUGUGGAAGACAGUGGCAUCUUCACAAAGUGGAAAUCCCGACACCAGGUGUAUUUCUUCCUCUUCAAUGACGUGCUUAUCGUCACCAAGAAAAAAGGUGAGGACAGUUACACUGUGAUAGACUACGCCCUGAGGGAUCAGAUCCAAGUAGGCACCAGUCAGCCCAAGGAUGUCCACCUAUCACCGAUGAAAAGUCCCACCAGCAUGCUGGGCUCAUGGCAGGUCGGGACAAACCAUCUCUUCUGGCUGUGUUUCCGUAGCAACCACUCCAGUGAAAAGGUGCGGAUGAUCCUCGGGACGGAGCUGCAGAAUGAACGUGCACGGUGGAUCAGUGCUCUGGGCCAGAAUGACAAUGAUAAGAGAAGACAUGACAGAACCAAUGUUAUCCAGGUUGAGGUGAUAAGAACGUACACAGUGAAGCAGCCAGAUGAGCUAUCUCUACAGGUAGCAGAUGUGGUGUUGGUCUCCCAACAAGUGGAUGGCUGGUACGAAGGCGAGCGGCUGCGCGACGGAGAGAGUGGGUGGUUUCCUGCCGAGUGCGCCGAAAAGAUCACAUGCCAGGCCACCAUCGAGCGCAACAUGCAGAGAAUGGAUCGGCUGCAGGGGCUGGAGACCAACGUGUGAUGAGACCAUAAGCCACAGGACAGAUGUUUUUUUGUUUUUUU